CCCUCCCUCCCGGGACGCGCCCAGAGAAAGUGAUCUUGCCUCGCAGCUGAGGGGUGAGGCGACUUCGGGGCAACUGAGCAAACAUGGCUGAGUUCACGCGGCUGCAGAACAGCCUGGCGCUGAUCCGUCUACGAAACCCGCCAGUCAAUGCGAUCAGUACAACUGUUGCCCGUGGACUAAAAGAGAGUCUGCAGAAAGCUGUAACAGAUGAUACAGUUAAAGCCAUUGUGAUUUGUGGAGCAGAUGGCAUCUUCUGUGCAGGUGCCGAUAUUAGACAAUUCAAAACUCGUCAGACCUUUGGCAUAUACCUGGGAGAUAUAGUAGAUGAAAUACAGAGAAACAAGAAACCCGUGGUGGCAGCUAUCCAAAAGGUGGCUUUAGGAGGGGGACUGGAGCUGGCCCUGGGCUGUCACUAUAGAAUUGCCCAUGCAGAGGCUCAAGUUGGCUUCCCAGAAGUCACACUAGGAGUCCUUCCUGGUGCAAGAGGAACCCAACUUCUCCCCAGACUUAUUGGAGUGCCUGCUGCACUUGACUUGAUUAUCUCAGGAAGACAUGUUUCAGCAAAUGAAGCACUUAAGCUGGGUAUUCUCGAUAAAAUUGUGAACUCAGACCCAAUUGAAGAAUCAAUCAAAUUUGCCCAGAGAAUUUCAGAUCAAUCUCCAGAAUCCCGUAGAAUCUGCAACAUGCCAGUCCCGAGCUUGCCCAACAUGGACGCCAUUUUCAGUGAAGCCCUUCUGCAGGUGCGGAAGCGGUACCCUGGGUGGCUGUCUCCGGAGGCCUGUGUCCGUGCAGUCCAGGCUGCUGUCCAAUAUCCAUAUGACAUGGGAAGCCAGAAGGAAAAGGAGCUGGGCCUGUACCUUAAUACCUCAGGGCAGGCCAGGGCCCUGCAAUAUGCUUUCUUUGCUGAGAGGAUGGCAAAUAAGUGGUCCACUCCCUCCAGGGCUUCCUGGAAAACGGCGUCGGGACAGCCCAUCUCCUCUGUUGGCGUUCUCGGCUUAGGAACAAUGGGCCGAGGCAUUGUCAUUUCUUUUGCAAAGGCCCAGAUCCCCGUGAUUGCCGUAGAAUCAGACAAGAAGCAGCUAGAGACUGCAAGCAAGAUGAUAACCUCCAUCUUGGAAAAGGAAGUCUCCAAAAUGCAGCAGAGUGGCCACCCCUGGUCAGGACCAAAACCCAAGUUAACUACGUCCAUGAAGGAGCUCAGUGGCGUGGAUUUAGUCAUUGAAGCAGUGUAUGAGGACAUGAACCUGAAGAAGCGUGUCUUUGCUGAACUAUCAGCUGUAUGCAAGCCAGAGGCAUUUUUAUGCACCAACACUUCAGCCCUGGACAUUGAUGAGAUUGCUUCUUCCAGUGACCGUCCUCACUUGGUCAUUGGCACCCACUUCUUCUCACCAGCUCAUGUCAUGAAGUUGUUAGAGGUUAUUCCCAGCCGAUUCUCUUCCCCCACCACCAUUGCCACGGUUAUGAAUUUAUCAAAAAAGAUUAAGAAGAUUGGAGUAGUUGUAGGCAAUUGUUUUGGAUUUGUUGGGAAUCGAAUGCUGAGGUCUUAUUAUGAUCAGACAUACUUCUUAUUAGAAGAAGGCAGUAAACCAGAGGAGAUAGACGAGGUGCUGGAAGAGUUUGGUUUCAAAAUGGGACCUUUUAGAGUGUCUGAUCUUGCUGGGUUGGAUAUAGGUUGGAAAUCCCGCAAAGGGCGAGGUCUUACUGGACCUACAUUGCCUCCAGGAAGUUCUGCCCGAAAGCGAGGUGGCCGGAGAUAUUGCCCAAUUCCUGAUAUGCUAUGUGAGUCAGGACGGUUUGGUCAGAAGACAGGUAAGGGUUGGUACCUUUAUGAUAAGCCCCUGGGGAGGAUUCACAAACCUGAUCCCUGGCUUUCCCAAUUUCUGGCACAGUACAGGGAAACCUAUCACAUCGAACCACGUAUCAUUAGCCGGGAUGAGAUCCUUGAGCGCUGCCUAUAUUCGCUCAUCAAUGAGGCAUUCCGCAUCUUGGGAGAAGGGAUGGCGGAUAUCCCAGAGCACAUUGAUGUUAUCUAUUUACAUGGGUAUGGAUGGCCAAGGCACAGGGGUGGGCCCAUGUUCUAUGCUUCCACAGUUGGGUUGCCCACAGUGCUAGAGAAGUUGCAGAAAUACCACAGGCAGAAUCCUGAUAUUCCCCAACUGGAGCCUUGUGACUAUCUAAAAAAACUGGCUUCUCAGGGAAACCCUCCUCUGAAAGAGUGGCAAAGCUUGGCAGGACCCCCCAGCAGUAAACUGUGAUUCAGCCUUUUAGGUUUUGCCUUACCUGCUGCCAUCGGGCAACGCUCACUGAAUUUCAUAGAAACUAAUUCAGAGAGAUUCAAAGUAAGAUUGCUCUGAAAUACAAAAGGAAAGGACUAAUCCGUUGGCUAAAACCCCUCCUUGGAUCUUCUGUCUGAUGAUUCUAAUGGGUCAAAUAUUCAGGAAUGUGCUUCUUAUGCCAGGGAUCUGUCUGUAUCAGAUAAAUGAUUUCAAUUGCAGUGAAUAAACUUGUGUUAACGUUGUAAUAGCUAAGAAGAGAGGCUCAGCAAUAAGUUGAGGUUCCCAGUACCUUGAUCAUUUGAGAAAUAUGUCAUCAAUUAUUAAUUGAUAAAUGCAUAAAUUCGUGUUGAGUCUUUCACCCUCACACACGUGACAGUGAUAGGAAAUCUUAUGGACCCUUCAUUCAACAGAUCCUCAUUGUCCAUCCCUAAGCAUCUUGCACAACACUUAACAGACCUAAAACUUGGAGGGGCAUUUAUUCAGCAAGGAAGCCUGUGAUAAAGGCUUCAGUUCAGACUCUCAGAGGUAGAGUGGAGACGGUUGACAGGGUAGGGUCGGCAGUAGGGGUCUCUAUGCGUGAGCUUGGAAAGCUGCCCGGGGGGAGGCCGAGGUAGUAGCCAGGGGCAAAGUUUCAACGGCAGAAGGGUAUUGAAGUUUAGGCAAAACACAGUUGGGAGUUAGUGAGGAAACCACAUACUUUGGACCAGAAUGGGAGUCAAAGGAGCUGAGAAAGUCACACUCAGUAUUAUCAUUUCUGUCCAAGGCCCAUGUGCAAAGUUGUCCUUGCUGCUUGCAAGAGGCUCAGUAAUGUCUGAUGAUAAUUUCUUCAAGACCACUAGAUGUCUUUAUUUACCCUUCUAUUCAAGCAGCAGUAAUGGAAAGUAAACUCUGGGAGAUUGUGAAGGACAGGGAAGCUUGGAGUGCUGCAGUCCUUGAGGUCGCAGAAUAGGACACAACUGAGCAACUGAACAACAACAACAAAUUGAUAACUUAGUGUAAGGUGGGAAUCUCAGGGAUCUAACCUCCUCUAAUUCUGUGAUUAAGUAAUAAUACCAGUUUCCUGGUCAUGGGAAGGCUUUGUGAUGUUGUGUAUGAAAUGGUUGAAUCCUGACAAGCCUAAAAUUAUUGAAAAACAAAUUUUGUGUAAUUUUGUUAUAAGAAUUCUUCUCUUUUCACUUUUUGCCUUGUUUGGUUAAAAGUUGAGGGACUAGUCAACGCAAUAACUUGUACACAAAUGUUUAGAGCAGAACUAUUCAUAACAGCCUCAAAUUGAAAACAAUCCAAGUGUCCAUCAACUGAUGAAUGCAUAAAUAAAAUGUGAACUGGCCAUACAGUAGGAUAUUAUUUAGUCAUAAAAAGAAGAGAAGUGCUAAUACAUGCUACAACAUGAUGAAUCUUGAAAAUAUUAUGCUAAGUGGAAAAAAUAGGCAAAUCUAUUGAGAUAGAAAGCAGAUUACAGUUUUCCAAAGGCUGAAUGACUGGGGGUAGGGAACAGGGUGUGGCUGAUGAUGGAUACAGAGUUUCUUUCUGGGUUAAUGAAAAUGUUCUGAAAUUAUUGUUUUGAUGGUUGCAUGACUCUGUAAAUCUACUCAAAACCAUUGAGUUGUAUACCUUAAAUGUGUGAACUGUAUGGUAUGUGAAUUAUAUCUUAAUCAAGUUAAUAAACAAGUAAGCAACUUGUUUACUUA